AUGUCCGACUUCGACCCCCACAAUGUCGACCUCGACACCGUCGACCCCACCGAGGUCGUCUGCUACCUCAACAGCGCAGGCAACGAGUACAAUGGCCGCCUCGGCGCACGCAUCUCUGCCAUCUUCGUCAUCCUCAUCGUCUCCUCGAUCACAACCUUCUUCCCCGUGAUUGCCAAGCGCGUGCCCCGCCUGCGCAUCCCGCUGUACGUGUAUUUGUUCGCCAAAUACUUCGGUGCAGGUGUCAUCAUCGCCACGGCCUUCAUCCACCUGCUGGAUCCCGCCUACGGCGAAAUCGGCCCGGCCACCUGCGUCGGCAUGACCGGCCACUGGGCCGAUUACUCAUGGUGCCCGGCCAUUGUGCUCAUCUCGCUGAUGCUGGUAUUCCUGCUGGACUUCGGCGCGGAGCGCUAUGUCGAAAAGAAGUACGGUCUAUGCCGCGACGACCCCGAGUCCAUCAUGGCGUCCGGCGUGGAAGUCAGCCCGCUCAGCGUGCGCCGGUCGAACUCGAACUCGCACUCGCACCCCACGCUCGACUCCAAGGAUAAACAGGCAAAGGAGAUUGAGGCCCAGUCCCUGGACGACGGCGAGAUGGAGCGCUCGUUCCGGCAGCAAAUCGCGGCCUUCCUGAUUCUGGAGUUCGGCGUGAUCUUCCACUCCGUCAUCAUCGGGCUGAACCUCGGUGUCGUCGGCGACGAGUUCACCACUCUGUACCCGGUCAUCGUGUUCCACCAGUCGUUCGAGGGUCUCGGUAUCGGCGCGCGCAUGAGCUCCAUUCCCUUCAAGAAGGGCAGCUGGCUGCCUUGGGCGCUGUGCUCAGCGUAUGGACUGACGACACCCAUCUCGAUUGCGAUUGGUCUUGGCCUCCGGACAACGUAUAACUCGGGCUCGUUCACGGCUAAUGUGGUGUCUGGCGUGCUGGACUCGAUUUCGGCUGGGAUUCUGAUCUAUACGGGUCUGGUGGAGCUGCUGGCGCGCGACUUCCUGUUUGACCCGCACCGCACGCGGGAUGAUAAGAGGCUUGCUUUUAUGGUUCUGUCCAUGCUGCUUGGUGCGGGCAUUAUGGCUCUGCUGGGCAAGUGGGCGUAA